ACUCCCCUUCAUCGUCGUCAUCACGUCUGUGGAUUUCAUACAGGGAGGUGUUCUUCCUGCAGAAGCCUCCUCUUUCUCCUUCCACUGCUGCCGGCUGCGUAACUCCAACCAUCCGCUCCUCUUGCUCUGUGGUCACCUGCCUGUCGUCCCACCACGUCUGCCGAGUGGGUGCCGGCUCCCUCCCCACGGGGUGGGAGUGAGGAGCUGGGAGAUGGACUUGACAAACCACUGGAGAAUGAUGCUGAGGGCGUGUGGAGCCCCGACAUCGAGCAGAGCUUCCAGGAGGCCCUGGCCAUCUACCCACCGUGUGGCCGCAGGAAGAUCAUCCUCUCUGAUGAGGGCAAGAUGUACGGACGAAAUGAGUUGAUCGCACGGUACAUCAAGCUUCGCACGGGGAAGACACGGACCAGGAAGCAGGUCUCAAGCCACAUCCAGGUUUUAGCCAGACGGAAGGCCAGAGAGAUCCAGGUGAAGCUGAAGUUUUGGCACGGGGCACUUCCAGGACAGCCGGGAGGCCAUGAAGACAUUAAGCCCUUCUCCCAGCAGAGUUACGCCAUGCAAGCGUCCGGCCCGGCCCCGAUAACAGGGUAUGAAAGCACAGCAGGACUGGCCAUGUCCCCUGGCGCCCCCCCUUGGCAGGGUCGAAGCAUUGCCAGCUCCAAGCUGCGAAUGUUGGAGUUCUCCUCCUUCCUGGAGCAACCUCAGGACUCAGAGACAUUCAACAAGCACCUGUUUGUACACAUCGGCCAGUCCAACCCGAGCUACAGUGACCCCUAUCUGGAGUCGGUGGACAUCAGGCAGAUCUAUGACAAGUUCCCGGAGAAGAAGGGGGGCCUGAAAGAGCUGUUUGACAAAGGACCACACAACGCCUUCUUUCUUGUUAAAUUCUGGGCGGACCUGAGUGUGAACCUGCAGGAUGACAGCAGCUUUUUUUAUGGUGUGUCCAGCCAGUAUGAGAGCUCUGAGAACAUGAUUAUCACCUCAUCCACAAAAGUCUGCUCCUUUGGCAAACAGGUGGUGGAGAAAGUGGAGACGGAGUACGCACGCUUUGAAAAUGGGCGCUACGUGUUUCGGAUCCACCGGUCCCCGUUAUGUGAAUACAUGAUCAAUUUCAUCCACAAGCUUAAACAUCUUCCUGAGAAAUACAUGAUGAACAGCGUGCUGGAAAACUUCACCAUCCUACAGGUGGUGACUAACAGGGACACACUGGAGACCCUGCUGUGCGUGGCUUACGUCUUCGAGGUGUCUACGAGCGAGCACGGAGCGCAGCAUCAUAUUUACAGGCUGGUCAAAGACUGACGCAGCUCCACAGCUGGACCCUUCUGUAGCACACGGGUGAGCGACAACACCAAACAAAAGACCGCCUGCUGCCACGAGCUGAACGCUGGAAUCUGUCAAGUGGAAAGCCGAGAACGCCCGGCUGCUUUAGAGCAGGAACAUUACUGCUGCUGAAGAACAGGAAGUGCAUUUUGGGACUUUGGAAGCUGAAACAAGUAAAGUGUGAAAAGUGGCAAGAAAAUAAAAAAAUGAAUAAAACUGAAUAAAAGAGAAGGACCAUGAAGGUCUCAAUACCAAAGGAGCCAAACACAGUGUGCAUGAUGAGUAGUCAUGGUGUUGUACGUCUCGUUUUACUGAAGCUUGUUUUUCAUUUAGAUUCUUUUCCACGUGCAUGUGCAGGGCUGUUUGCUGCAGAGGAGUUUGGUUGUCUCAGGACGCCAUCUGCUGGCUUCAGUAUGUAUUACAGAGAGGACAACAAAAGAAAGAUGGACUCUUUGGGACACGGUCUCCAUGUACCAGUGUUGUGUGUUCGUACACCAGGGAAGUGAUUGUGUACACGGCCACAUCCAUCUGACUGACACUGGUUUAAAGAGCUACUGAAAUGUGUUUGAAGUUGAUUGUUUAAUGUUUCCCAUAUUCUUGUCUUUGAUUGGCCACUUUCUGACGACAACAUGAGGCACAUAAUAAAACAGUUAACUUGAACCAGAUUGGGAUCUGAUUGUGAAUGUAAGCCAGCCUGUCAGAUGAAAAUACAAGUGUUUCUUACAAACCUCUCUCUCUUGCUGCUUUUUGUGUGAACCUGAUGAUGAUGAUGAUGAUGUGGAUUCAUUGGUUCCUCUCAACCCCCCCACCACCCCACCUAGUUUGAAUUUCGAAUGGAUGUGGUUUGGAUCUUCUUUUUUUUUAACUGUCAAACUAUCUGUCUGAUCAGCCCGGGGUUGCAUUUUCUCUUGCAUCCACGUCCUGGAGGUUUGGCUACAGCCACACGAACCUUAAUAAGUGGUUCAGAUGAACAUAAAGCAGCCAGGUGAUGGUCUGGUACUCUUUACCUUUAACAUCUUAUUUCUGAGCUCCUCAGUUUUCACAUUUGUUCUCUCUGCUCCAUGUUCAGUGUACCGCCCACGAUCAUACAAAACCAUUGAUAAAUAUAACUGGAUUGGGUGUGGCUAGCGUGUUGCUAGCUACAUGGACGUGCACCCACUGGAGCUCUGCUCUGCACUGAGGAACCUCAACACAAUGAAUGGAGGUCAAUGGACUGUGAGGUGUCUUCCUGACGAUAAACUCUUAUAACUUCCUUAUUUCUUGCUCCAUUUUUACAAACUAUGGUUCAAAAUAAAGCUGAGGAUGUUGUGAA